UAUUAAAUAAAAAGAAUUAAUUAAGCAAAAGUAGAAAAAGUAUUACAGUCUUAAAGGUCAUUCACUUCUUGCUUGUAUACAUUUUAUUGUGCACAUUUUUGCAAUAAAUACAAGAGGAAUUAUAGAUUUAAUUGAUCCCAUUAUGCAUUUGGAACAGGUUUGUUGCAGACAAGAUGGGUGGCACGGUUGUAAGAGAGCAACUACAUAACUUUUGCUGGGAACUUGACAUGAGUGAAAUAGAAUUUGAACUGAAAAGCAACAUUGUGCCUAUCACAAAAAUCAAAAGAGGGACAUUCUAUCACAGAGCUUUACUUUUCAAGGUGAUAGCAGACAGAGUCGGCAUUGGCUGUAGUUUAGUUCGUGGCAAGUAUAACAGAGCUUGGAAUGAAGUUCAGUUGGUUGAACACUCUCCCAAAGGGCUUCUGCUUCCUCCUCAAGAGUAUAUUGUAGAUCUAAUGUUUGAACCAGGCCAUUUGCUAAAACAAGGAAGUGCACAUGCUGAUCAAUACAAAUGUAUUUAAUCAUCUUGAUGAAUUUCACCAAAAUAAAUAUUUUAAAUAUGUUUGCAGUGCUGUAUUUAUGGAACAUGAGGGGGUUCAUAUACAGCUAUCAAAAAGAAGCAUAUCUGGUAUGUUGUUUUAAAGGUUUAAUUAAAUGUGGCUUUCAUAUCUAGCUUCAGUGCUUAGAAAUUUUGUUAAUUUU